UGAGUCGCGCCCGUCCCCCGAGGCCCGUAGUGGCGAACCCGUGAGCCCGUGACGCCCUGCUCCCUCCUGCCCUGCCCGCCGCAGAGCGUCUGCUCUGCUUCCCUCCUAGGCCCUCGAUUUAGCUCAGCUCGGUGGGUGCCCUGGUGAUCGCCUUUUCCCCCAGGAUCGCAUUUCUUUUCUCUAUUCUCUCUUCCGGCCGGCCGUCCUCUCCUCUCCUCUCCUCAAGCCGGGCGUCGGCGGCCUCCAGCUCCGAGCGGAGGCGGAAGCGGUGGUGUCUUUCUAGACAAGAAACAAUUCCUCGGUCUCCACGCUUGCUUUGGACUUUACCCUUUCCUCUGUUCCCCCUGGUUUUCAGCCAGGUACACGAGGCGUCCUCUUGUGGUUGCGGGGGUUUGGUGGGGGUUUGGGGGUCUCGCCUUUCCUGGCGGCGCAUCCACGCACCGAUUUCCCCUCCUCCCUCCUCCUGCGAUUUCGGGUCCAGAUUGAUUGAUUUCCGCCCGGAUUGCUUCCAUCACAUCACUCGCGAUCUUCUCCCCUAACCCCUCCUCAUCGGGCAGGAUUUUUUUCCUUUCUCUCUAGGGGGCUCCGCCCCGCAUCUCCCCGCUCCGAUCGAUGGCGUCGUCCUGCAUCCCGACGGGCAUCCGGCUGCCGGACCUGGACAUGGUCAAGGCGGCGGCGGUCGGGGCGUCGUCGGCGCCGGGCGCGGGGGCGGCGCCGCUGCGGCCGGCGCACUCCUCGGCGUCCUCGGCGCUCUCCGACGCCUCCAACUCCUCCUCGGCCUCCUCGCUCUCGCUCAAGCGGGCGCGCACGCCGCGGAAGCGCCCCAACCAGACCUACAACGAGGCGGCCGCGCUGCUCGCCUCCAUGUACCCCUCCGUCUUCCCCGCCGGGGACAGGGCGCCGCCGUCGCCGAGGCUCCUCGGCCUCGCCUCCGCGCUCGCCGACGACCCCUCCCGCGCGGACCUGCUCCCGCCCUUCCCCGUCCUCGGCAACGCCGCCUGCCUCCUCCGCGACGCCGCCGCGCCGCCGACCACGCCGCGGAGCCCCGUCCUCGCCAGGGCCUGCCCGUCGCCGGCGGCCGUCAGCAGCGCCUUCACCGAGUUCCGCGACUCCGCGCCGUCCCCCGGGACCCCUGACGGCGCCGCCGGCGCGGACGGGCCCGGGGAGCUCGACUAUGAGGAUGAUGACGACAGCUUUGACGCAGACUCUUUCCUCCUCGGCGGCCUCGACGAGGGCGCCGCCGCCGAGGGGAUCGAUGGUAUCAUGGGCAAACUCAGUAUGGAAAGCGGCAGCGAUGCCUCUUCCAUUAACCGUGUCCUCUCCAGCUCCGGCAUAGACCCCUACAUCAGAAACCUCAUGGUGCUCGGACUCGGGUUCCGGCGCUCCCGGUCCAACAUCAAGCAGGCGCUCAAGCGGCAUGACGAUGACAGCGAAUGGUGGAUGUGCCCUGCCAUUCCAUUGAAGGACAUUAUGCCGGCGCCUCCCCCAUCGAUGGAACCACCGCCGCCGGUGGAGAAGAAGAAGAAGAAGACUAAGAAGAAGGCGUUGAAGGACAUUGCCGCUGGGCCGUGCAUUACAUGUGUUAAGGAGGAAAUUCCUGACCCUGCUUAUGGGGAUGAUGGAAUUUUUGGACCGAAGGCGCCCAAGACAGGAUUGGGCCUGAGCCUCAACACUGAGGAGGUGCUGAAGGCGUGGUAUGACAGAGGCUCCGUGUUCGCUGACGGCAACAUACCUGAUGCAUCAUCCACUGAUGGGCUGGCUAAACUUUCAGACAUUGAACUGUUUCUAGAGAAUGGUGCUGCUGGUGCUAUCAGGGAAGGCAGCAUACAGAAAUUGAAGCACAAGCAGAAGCAGUGCACUCCCCUCCUCUCAAAUAAGACUCGGUACCAAGCACGGAAGGUGCACGCCGAGUCUCGUCCUCGGGUCAAGGGGAGGUUUGUCAGCCAGGCGGCUCUUCUGCAGAAAGCCGCGGAGAAAGAGACCUAGGGGAGGACGUUCUUGCUCCCAUGAACAUUCUGUCUUGGGAUUUCAUUUCAUUCCCCCUAGAAGUGAAGCAGAUGAGGGCUUCUUUUCUUUUCUGCACUUAUGUGAUCAUGUAGAGAGGGUAGAGAUUGCCUGUAGAGUGGCUUCUUUGUCAGGGGAUAACUGCUGGUUAGUUUCCCAGCUCAGAUGCUGCCGGGGCAAAGAAGGCCGUAAGCCAAAAACUUCGUAACAAUGGUACAGUGCUGUGGCAAUGACCAAAGUGCUUCUGUACUUUGCUUCAGUCUUAUGCUCUGAACUCUCUGAAGGAACUGCACCGGGUGCUAGUUUUGUACAAAACUGAACCUGCAAAAUUUGUUAAACUUCAGGGAGCAUUUGAUUCGCAAGAAUUCUAAAGCAUGUGAAUAGAAAGAAAGAAAAAGUAGGAUUAGAAUGUCA